UUUUGCCCAAUGUUAGGGCGACAAUAUUAUCAAGGUAAUUUCUUUGCGCCAUAAUCACCUUAACUCUUAGCUACGUCUAAAAUAUCCACUCAAUUUUUACUUACUGAGCCUACGACGUUAAAAUUAGAUUUAUUUCAUGUUUUUAAUUGCAAUUUAAACACGAAGAAAUAUAAACAGAUUGUAUACCACCUUCUUUAUUCUCUUAAAUUUGUCGUUAUUUAUUUAUAGUAGAAUUUUUAAUGCGAAUAUUAGAUUUAAUACUUUGUUUAACAAAAAUAUUAUCUUUCAACAUUUCAGUAAUUUUAAAUUUUCUUUUCAGUUUUUUAUUUUGUCCAUAAAUUAUAUUUACUGUAUUUACCGGUCGAUUUUUUAAAUAGUCUUCGUGCGUGUGUAAAUAGGGUCUUCUGUUAAGGCUUUGUAUUUAAGUCGCAACUUAAUUUAUUUAAUAUCAACAAAGCUGAAUUAGAGAUUAGAUGGCUUUAACCACGCUUUCAAAGAUACAUCUGGCAUGUUAUUUAUCGUUAUCAUGCAGGUAAACAUUUAUCUAAACCAGAAAAUUAGGUACUUUAAGGAAGAAACAUUCGUGAAUGAAAAUUUCGCGAUUUCGCGAUUUAUGGCUAAAUGAUGAAAGUUUAUUCCCGUUAAAUAUGCUGAAAUAAUCGCGAAUGUUAAUUUUCGUGAUUUUGUUUUUUGCUCUGUAAUCCUCCUAUGGUUCAUGUAGUUCACAUUAACCCACUCUUUUAAUCGAUCCAAAAUCAUAUGUAUUUUUGCUGCUAUUUUAAUAUUAACUUUACAUAUUAUUUCAAGACAUUCAAAUAAUUAUCAUCACGCGCGAAAGUUAAUUCUUGUGAAAAUCAUUAAAAAUUCGCAAAUGUAAUUUCCCUUCAACUCGCGUUUCUUCUCUAAAGUAUCUAUAUUCGCACUUUUGUUUAAAGGGCUAUGGAUCGUUUCGUGUGCACAAAUCUUUUUCCCUCUGGCUUUCCGAAUUCAAAACCUAUGCAUGCGAAAGCAUGUUAAAUGACGUAGCUAGCUCGUGUGCUUUAUUAAUAACAGUUGCCAGCCUUCGCCGUCUUCCCAUCUUCGUGCGUGUGAACAAGGUGUGGAAGAUUUGUGUUAUGUGGAGUUUAUUCCGAUUAUAACCAGUUUGUAUAUAAAUAUUUUUUUUCAAAAAAAGUAGUAGUGUUAAAUUCUUAUGUUUUUUUGGGCGAAAUCCUGUACUUGUAAGUUUAUUGAAGAAGCUGCGUGUAAAAAUAAUUUGAGUUACAUUGUCCGCAACUUUUAUUGGCGCGAAACGGGAGAGAAUUGCAAUUAUUAAGCGCAUGCACAUGAGGUGUUAUGGAGACGUUGAAGUUAAAUAGGUAAUCUUUUAUGUUUUUUUAAAAUUCUUAAAAAUAAAAAAAAACAAUUUUUCAUAUCUAUCUAUCCAUCCAUCCAUCCAUAUGGGACGACCACUGUAAUCAUUCUUAAGCCUGUGAAACGGAGUGUGUUUGUAUUUGUGAUCUCCAUUUUUGUAUUUGCGUACUGGCAUGAACAAAAACACAGAAAUCUUGUAAGAUGUGACAAAGUUUGGUUAAGUUGAGACGGAAUUACUUGUAAUAUGAGAUAUCAGAAUGAUUUAACAAUAUGUUCGGUUGAGCACUUCAGAGAGAAAUACUUGUGAACAAAAUGAAAGAAGUUUUAGUUUACAAUAAUUCGACACAAAAUUUUUAAACAUGUUAAAAUUUGCAAAAUCUGAAAGAAAAGAUAAAACUUCUGUAUCCUCAAAUGAAUGUGUGACAUAUGAGGGAGGAGAGUAUAAACGAACGGUCUACCGCCAAAACAGUUAUGGUCUCCGUUCUCCUACCAAGAGUGAAUAUAGAAACGCCAUUUUGCAGACUUUGGAGGAUGUUGAAGUGCGUCAUCAAAUUCUUCCAGAAAAUCAACCAUGGUCAAUGAGAUGGAGGGAUGAAACUCCAAAUAAGUACUUUGCAGACCACAAAGAAAAUUAUUACGUAAAAUCAAACGAAUCCUCAGAUCUUCAUUCAACUUUCCGAGGAGGUUUCUACUCAUCCAGAAACACUCGCCGGAAGACUAACUCCGCAUCAUCAAUAGAAAGCUCUAUGUCGGAAUUAACUUACGGAACAAUACAAUGGAGAAAACCCGAAGUACCUAGCGAUGAAACUAAAGGACUCACUGCUGUCGACAUUGCUGAACAUUUCUCUCCUGUGACGCAUAGAAAAUGGGUGUCAGACUUCGGUUACUACGACACUUCACCGUCAUAUUCAUCCGACAUGAGUCUGGCAUUGAACAACAAAACGACGUCAGAAAGCAGCAAUACAUCGUGCAUUAUGGACGAUAACGAAAGUUUGUCAUCCAACGAUAGUUCACUACGACAGGCUGGUUUGUUUAGAUUCAGUGGGAUGAGAAAACAAGUCAAAAGAGUGUGUCGUUUCGAACGAAAAAAGAAAUCAACUAUAAAAACUGAACUUAAAAACAUGAUGGUUCCGACGGAAGAAUCGCCAACAGCGGAUGAAUGCGACGUAUUAAAUGUUGAAAUCCAAUUACCGACACAUCCAAACAAUAACAACGACGCGUCUCCUUCGCUUUCUGCGGAAACUCCGAAAAGCUCGUCAACGUCAUUCUUAAACAGCGACAGAAGUUUUUCCGAUGAAAGCGAUGUCACAAAUACGUACAAAGAUUUUAUCCGCCGUGUCCGACGAAAGUCGUAUAUACAUCAUACAAUUUACGCGAAUGACGGCGUCAAAGAAAAAUCCUAUCAUAACAAAUCCAUAUCGUUUGCGAAGAAGGGCCCGUAUGUAAAAACCAAAACCAGCAGUGAAAAUAUUUGUUCUUUGAAAUUUAAUUUGCUCUUAAAAAUAUUCUCUUAUCUACCGACGCCGGAUGUUUGUCGGCUAUCGCUGGUAUGUCAGAAAUGGCAUCAGUUAUAUUUAUCAACAGAGUUGUGGAGAUCCAUUGUUAUUUUUAACAUGCCACGCUCAAAUAUCGACGAAAUAUUAAAUUUGCUACUUCAAAGACUUGCUUUUACGUCUGCGUAUGCUUGCCUAUGCGUCAAAACCGUACGACUUGACGGAUGCGUCCAAUUAACUGAUGAUGGACUCAAUUAUAUCGCCAUGCGAUGUCCGGAACUUAAAUCAAUAGAAACAGCGUCUUGUAUAAAAGUGACAGGUGUUGGAGUCGAAAAAAUGUUAUUACAAUGUCCAAACAUGACUUAUAUGAACUUCGCUGGAUGUGACGGCAUCAGCAAUUUUUCAUUUUUUCUGUCUGCCGGGAUGACGUUCGGCAAACACGCAUCAUUCCUUGAAAUGCGUUAUGUUGAUUUCAGUGAAUGUACCUCACUUAGCAACGCUGGGUUAAAAAAAUUUGCUUCGUGCGCAAGUUUUUUAGAAUUCUUGUAUUUGCGUCGCUGUGACAGUAUUUCAAACGAAGGCAUUGAAGCUGUUGCUAGAAAUUGCACAAACUUAAAAGAAAUCAGUCUAAAUGAUUGCUAUAACGUAAGCGAUGCUGGAAUCAAAACACUUGUCAAAUACUGUACUAAUCUACGGUACAUAAGUUUAGCUAAAUGCGCAAUCACUGACCAAAGUAUUACAAAUGUGGCAAAAUACAGCAGGCAGUUGCGUCAUUUAAACCUUAACGAAUGCAAAAUAAUAACUGAAAGAGGAAUUAUAGAUUUUUGUAAGAGCUGCGAGAAACUGCGUUCCCUGGACGUCAGUAGGUGCAACAACGUCACUGACAUGACGCUCUACGCGUUGGCACGUUGUAAACGAUUACGCCGACUUUGCAUGAAAGAAUGUAGCAAAGUGUCUGACGCUGGAUUGAGAAAGAUGGCUACGCAUUGUCAGAGAUUACAACACUUAAACAUACACGGCUGCAACUUCACGUACGAGACAUACGUAUACAUCAAACAACGAUGUAAAAUGUGCACAAUAGAACACAAUCGCGUAGAUUUUUGUUAGAAUUUUUUAUCUACUUUCAGAGAUAGAUGAAAAUUGCGCAGUGUGUUUCGUUAUAAACUGCGCACUACAAGAUAUAAGUAAUAUAAUUUUUUUCCACAGAGUCGUAAUAUAUAGACAUAAUACAACAUUUCUGUGGGCACCUAUUUGUCCGAAAAUAAAACCCUAGGCGUAUGGAUACCUAUGAUAAAACAAAACAUAUACAACAUUUAAAGGAGGUUAUAAAGAAGCCCACUUAUAAGAGCAUAAAGAAAGCUGGCCUACUUUAUAAGCUAUUUAUAUUUCUUAUUUUGCCAGUAAACAGAUUAUAAUAAAGUAGUACCUAGUCCUUCAAAAGAUGGUACAAUAUUGUUGUUGUUGUGUUAUCUUCUGUAUUCCUAUGUUUCCACCAAAAUUUUGUGUGUAUAGCUUGCUAACUAAAAAUUAGAACUGGAGUCAUUUGAAACUUCGCUAUAGAACAAUAACAAUAACAAAAAAUCCAGCCAAUUUUAGAUAUAGCAGAUAAUUUAAGCCAUCUUUGUAAUGGAUUUUAAAACAUUCCGUCGGGAAAUGGAUAUGGCCACGACAAAUAACUUCUGUAACAUAACAACGCCCGUGUUUUUUUAUAAGAAACAUAAUUGGUUAAGUCAGCCUGGAUGUUUCUUACAUUA